GAAACAACAAAAUAAUUUAUUAUCAUCACCAAUUGGAAUUAUAUUUAAUCAAUUACCGGGUUAUUUAAAUUAUACCAUUUAUAAUCAAUCAAUAAAUGAUAAUGAUAAUAUUUUUAAAAAAUUAAUAAAUUAUCCUAAUAUUUUAUCAAUAACAUUACGUAAUAAUCCAUUAUUUAUAUAUGAAACAAAUCAUUAUCAAUUUACAUCAAAAUAUCCUAUAACAAUGCCAAAUCGUGAUCCACAAACUGAAAUGAAAUAUUUUACAAGUGGUUUUAUAGAUAUACAAGAACAAUUAAUUCAAUCAUUUAUCUAUAUUACAUCAAUAAAAUUUAAUAUAACUAAUAUAUAUAAUCAAUUAAUGAAUAAUAUUGGCAUAGAAAUGAAAAUGUUUCCUACUACUACAUAUCAUUUUGAUCCAUUAUUAAUAAAUAUUAUAUUUUUAUUACCACAAUUAAUGAUAUUAAAUUGGAUAUUAUCAAUUAUAUUAACUGUUAAAUAUAUGAUAGAUGAAAAAGAAAAUCGAUUAAUUGAUUAUUUACGUAUAUUUAAUAUUAAAAUAUAUAUGAAUUGCAUCGUAUUAUUAAGAUAUAAUGAAUUACCUAAUGAUAUAUCAUUAAUACCAUUUUGUUUUAUACCACAAGUUAGUUAUUCAUUAUGUUGGAUAUUUAUAAAUCGUUUAGAAUCAAAAGGUACAGGUGCACAAUGGUCAAAUCUAUGGGAAACAAAUAAUUCUAAUAGUAUAUUAUCAUUAGGUAGUUCAAUGAUAUUUUAUGGAUUGGAAUAA